UUAGUUUUGCGUUAUGUAGCUUGAAGAAAAGUUUCCAUUUUGAAUUUCCAUUGAGGAUUUUAUAAAGUAUAUCGAAUGAAAUUAGUUGAACUCACCUACAAAUCUUUCUCUAUAUUUAUAUAUAUUUAUAUAAAUUUACCAAUUUAAAUGAACAAACCUAAAUUAUAAUUUUUGGAUGAUGGCAUUAUUUCCGUCUGUUAAUUUUUAAAUGGAUAUAACUAAUAUCAAUGCCUAUUUUAGAAUUAUAUUUCUAUAUUAACUACUAGGAAAGCAUUGGAAUUAAGUUCUAAUUAACUAAUAUCGAUUAAAUUCAGGGUUUUUUAUACACUUGUGAAAUAAUGAAAGUUAUAAUUAUAUAAUGAAUCAGCAUAAUAUGAUGCAACAGUUUUAUGAGCAACAACCUCAGAAUAAUAUAAAUGGUUUUCCUACUGGAUCUGCUUUUCAUGGAAACCAGCAAGGCACCUACAAUGGCUCAAGUUCUACUUCAACACCUUAUAGAAAUCAAAAUGGUAUGCCUCGUUAUUCUCAAAAUGAAAACGACUCUUUUGAAAGUACUCAAAGCAACAUGUCGCAAUCAUCAGUUAAUUAUACAGCUGGUAAUAAUUAUAUGGACCCAAGAGUUAUUGGGUUUGAUCCACGUAAUCAUUCUAAUUAUGAAACUCAGAAUGGUAUGGUACAAGGUAUGGAACUUUUCUCACAAAAUAUGUAUCCUGGAAAAGGAAGGUUUAAUGAAAUGACUGGAAUGAUUAAUCCUGGUUCAGCUUUUCAAAGACAAAGAAUGUUAGGACCUGGAUCAGAUAAUGAUUUUAUAUCACCUACAAAUCCAUAUGGUGGUGGUUUUAGUCCACAACAGAUGGCUCAAAUGAUUCAACAUCAAAGAUAUGAUGUUUAUCAAAGACAAGUUCAUGAACAACAAGUAUCUGCACAACAACUUGCUCACUCAACUAGAGAUACAUGUCAGUUUCCUUUAUCAGCUGAUACUGAUCAAACAAAUAAUAACUCAGAUAAUGAUUUAAAACAGUCUCAAAAUUCUUUGCCAAAUCGAAAAUUAACAAAUUCUACUAGAGCAGAUAUAACAUCAAAUUUGGUUGACAGUAUGCAGAGAACAGGCUCUGAAGGAAUGCAGAGAACUAGUUCUGAAGGUAUACCUAGAACUGGGUCUGUAAAUAUAGAUAGUGAUGGACAUAGAAAUGCAGCUAUUAUUGCAGCUUCUGAAGUUAGAGCACAAGCUGCAGCGUCAACAUCCAAAGGAAGAGUUCCGUUUCCAACACCUAAUUCAAACACUAUGAAUACCUUCCCCUUUAAUAUAAGAAAUUUCCAUGUUAAUAAUGAUCAAAUGCCCUCUCCUUUUCCACAUAACUUACAUUCACCUGAUUAUAGUGCAAUUAUGUCUCCAAAUAAAGAUUAUACUGGAGUUGCUCUUUCACCAUUGAGUCAACAAGGAAGAAGGACACCUAGAAGUGGAAUACCACCUCCACCCUACUCUCCUCUUCCACAUAACAAUGAUAGUAACCAUUUAGGAUCUGUCAAAGGUUCUAAUUCAAAUAUUUCUUCACUUUUAAAAGGAAAUCUUCAAAAACAAUUGGAUAUUUUUACUCCAGUUAGUUAUUCAAAUCAAGAAUAUAAUGUUGAUAAACCAAGCAGCCAAGGAAUUGGUUCCUCUGCACGACUCUCUGGUACACCUAAUAAUGUUCUUUCUUGUUCUCCUUCUGCACAGUCGCCUUUUCAAGAUGAUUUUGACUUUGGUAUGAGUCCAUCUUGGCCAUCUACGCCAGCUUCUCCUGAAAGAUCUAAAAGGUUAAAGUCACAAGCUUCUCCUAGACGGUUUGACCAACUCUCAAAAAUUUACGAGGUUAUUACUGAUGAAGAAAAAAGAAAUUUUUUAGAUAGAUAUUUAGCAUUCAUGAGUAUAAAUGGGACACCUGUGACAAAAGUUCCAGUAAUUAAUGAGCAACCUUUGGAUCUCUAUAUACUUUUCCGAUCAGUUUGUGAACGUGGUGGAAUUAAUGCGGUAUUGGAGAAACAUCAGUUUAAGGAAAUUCUGAAGGCUCUAAAGUUGCCUGUUGAUAAUAGUUUGUUAGCAUAUUCUGUAAAAGAGCAGUAUAUGAAGUAUCUUCAUGCAUAUGAGAUAAAGGCUAAAAAUGCACUACUCAAGCAAUGGAAAGACACUCCGUUUGAUCGAAACGUAUCUCAAGAAACUCCAUUAGCAACAAUCUCUUUAAAUGAAUCAUUGCAUUCAACUAUGAAUGACAUGAAGUCCUCAGUUACCAUGAACGCAAAUACUCAUAACAACCCAACUCUACCUGUAUCAAGUUGGUCAUCAACUUCUCCAGUCUCAGAAAUUAAAACAUCUAAUUCAUCUAUAAUUUCAUCAUCCUCACUUCAAUAUGGCCCGUGUCCUUCGUACCAAAAUCAACCAAACCCUAUUUCAUAUGGAACUCAAAAUAUUCCAAAUUAUGGAUCGGGUCAACAAGAUAUAACAAUAAAUAACGCUUAUCCAAAUAAUAUGCCUUACUCUGGAUAUCCAAAUCCAAUGUUUCCGCAUGGUCCUCUACCAGGUUACAAUUCUAUGUUACCAGGAAUUCCGCCUGAAAAUAUGCAAAAUUCCUGGCCUCGUGUUUUUUCACCGCAUCAAGGUCCUCCAGAACUCUUUCCUGAAGGUUUACCACGUAUGCCAUGGAGUCAACAAACUCAAAGACAACCUGUUCAUUCUUUUACAAACUCAAAUUUUACUCCUGGAAAACCACGUUCUCAAGCUCCAUUAUGUCGUCAAGAUCAACUCGAACAAAUGAAAUAUCAUCAACAAAUGAAAAUGCCACACUAUCAGCAUCCAACAAUGCAACCAAAGUUUUCUAUGCCAACUAAGAAUACAAAUAAAAUAGUUCAACAAAAUAACAUUUCUGAUGUAAAGUCUACUAAUAAUCCAUCGAAUAAACGUGAUUUUGGCUUUCCUCCAGAUAGUGUUGAGGGAGCCAAACCACUUUUGAGGAAGCGUAAAAAGAUGACGUCCAAGGAUUUAGGUCCCAUUGAAGCCUGGCGAAUAAUGAUGUCAUUAAAAUCUGGCUUAGUUGCUGAAUGCAGUUGGGCAAUAGACACCUUAAACAUACUUCUUUCUGACAAUAAAACAAUAACUUAUUUCCAUCUUACCCAAUUACCAGGACUUCUUGAUACACUUAUGGAUCAUUACAGGCGUUGUCUAUCAUUAAUGUUUAAAUACUUUAAAAGUGACGAGGUGCCUCUUUUUCCCGAAAUAAAUGAUGAGGCAGUUGAUACCGAAAAAAUUCUCAAUUCGCUCUGGGUAGGUGUUUGUAAAAAUGCUGAACAAAGUUAUACGGCAAACAUAGCAUCAUCUGCUGUCAUGGCAGAAGUUGAUGAGUAUGUCGUAACAUCAAAUGAAACAGGGAGCCGACUUAGUAGUACUUUAACGUCGCAUAUUCAAACGAACUUUCCAUCAAAUAACUUAAAAACUAAUCGUUUCCCUCAAGGUCUUCCAUAUGAAAGUGAAGCUGAUAUCGAAAAAAGAAAACGGUUAGAACGUGUCACUUCUCCUCGUUUUUCUAUUGAAAAAACAACGCCUGAUCAUGAGAAAAAUUCGCUCAAAACUAAUUGCGACAAAAAUAACGUAAUAUCGGAUGUUAGUACAGAGCAAGUUAACUCUGCUUGUCUUGAUAUUCUGAAAGACUUAAUAAAUGCAUAUGAAAGCAAGGAAACGAGUUCUCCUGAUCUUUUAGUAGAAAAAGUCAUCAAAGAUUUAGAAUUUGAUUUACCUUGUGAUAAAAAGUAUUUAGAAGACUCGAGAGAGUUUAUAAGUUAUCUUAAUAGACGCUUUCAAAGAGAGAAUCGCGGUAAUGUAGAAAAUGAGCAUUGUGUUUUAAAGCAAUUUUCGCCUUUUCUUGAACUGCAAGAAAGUGAACUGUCUCUUCUUCACAGGUGUGUUGCUAUGUCAAAUAUUUUUCGUAGCCUGUCUUUCAUCCAAGGAAAUGAUAGUGAAUUAGCAAACAAUGUUGGAUUAUUAAUUAUUGCUGGACAUCUUCUAACUUAUCAACAUGAGCAUACCAUAACUGAUCAUUCAAAGUUCAAAAUGGGACUUGAUAAGCGAGACUUGGAUAAUAGUUCUAUUUCAACAAGCGAAAAUGAAGUUUGGUUAGAGUCUUUGGCAAACAUGAGAGAAAACACGAUGGUUCUAUUGUCUAAUAUUUCGGGGCAUUUAAAUCUCUCGAUUUAUCCUGAAGAAAUUCAUAAACCAAUCAUAACCGGUCUUGUCCAUUGGUUAGUUUGUAAAUCAUCUGAAGCUUUAGAUCCAUUGCCCACAGCACCGGGGCCACAUGCUCUCUCACCGCAAUGUUUAUCAAUAGAAACUCUAGCUAAAAUUACAAUUAAUUUAAAUAACAUUGAACUUAUUGCUCGUUGCUCUAAUCAGCUAGUGUUGGAAAACAUGGCUGGUGCUCUUAUUGAGCAAUUUUCAAAAAAACAUUUAGUUCCCGUUCGUGAAUUUUCUUUAAUACUAUUAGACAAUUUAGCCCGAUGUGAAGAUUUUUGUAAAGUUUUAGCAUUGCGGCGGUCUUGUGUAAGUAGCAUUGUUAAAUUUAUAUGCGAUGCUGAACGGAACACUUCGAAUUACUUAUCGUCAGGCGGAAGAGUUCAACCUGGACUUAAUGCUGAAGAUAUAUGUGGAACGAGUAUUAGUUUAUUGCGUCGCUCUGUCAAUAUCCUUCUCUCUCUUUCAAAAUUGCCAUACAAUAAGCAUCGAUUGCUACCGUUUACUGACGAUAUAUUGGCUUUAUCCACAUCUCAAAUGAUCGACACGAGUGUGCUUGCUCUACUUGCGCAAGUAUUAUUUGAACUUUCAGAUUAAUUUUUGUAUUUUGUAUAUUUAGAUUUAUCGCGAUUUAUAUUUA